CCUGUCGCCUCGAGCUCCCACCUAACUACUCGUCUGAAAUCCGAUGUUCUAAUUUGAAUCAGCAGGGGCGUGAAAUUAUUUCCGACUUUAGAGAAAGAAUCGAUAAGAGAGGAUGAGAGAAUCCAUAUUCCCAUGCGUAUCGCUAUUUCUUUAUUACGUUGCUCAAUUCACUUCUGCUACAGUUGUUCUAAAAUCCUUCUUCUUUUCCUUCCCAGACCUUCCCGCCAAAUUUGCUGCUGGAGUUAAUAGGUCUGGCGUGUGUGGAGCUUUGCAUGUGGCGAAUCCCUUGGACGCUUGUUCUUCUCUGCAUAAUUUUUUUGGGUCCAACGAAACUGAGCAAGUGAAAAUUGCCUUGAUUGUCAGAGGUGAAUGCCCUCUUGAGAAUAAAAUUCUAAAUGCUCAAAAUGGGGGAUUUGAUGCUGCCAUUGUCUAUGACGAUAGAGAUAAGAGGAAUUUGGUUUACAUGAUGAUGAACCCUGAGGGCAUCAAAGUGCAUGCUGUUUUUGUUUCUAAGGCAGCUGGUGAAAUUUUAAAGGAGCAUGCUCGAGGAGAAGAAGCUGAAUGUUGCAUUUAUCUGUCUCAUAGUGAUACAGCAUGGACUGUUUUAGCAAUAUCUUUUCUUUCUCUUCUUGUUAUUUUAGCUUUCCUCAUGAUAGCCUUUGUCUUGCCCAGACACUGGCUACAUUGGCAGCAAAUGAAUUUUCACUUCAAAAGUGUGGAUGUGAGGAUGCUGGAAGGCCUUCCCCGCUUCACAUUCAACUCCACUCAUUUGAAUUGUAAUCACAGUGGAGAAACUUGUGCCAUUUGCCUUGAGAAUUACAAAGAUGGGGAAAUUCUUAAAAUUCUCCCUUGCCAACAUGAAUUUCAUUCAAGCUGUGUGGACUCAUGGCUGACUAAAUGGGGGACAUCUUGCCCAGUGUGCAAGUUUGAUAUGAAAACCAGAUUUAUAUAUUCUCAGAGGAGCAAGAAUAAGAAUAUUAAGAGAACCACAAAUGUUGCUGUGUCAAAUGUUUUUGGAACUGACAUAUGGAAAAUGAAUUAUAAAGAGGGGAAUCUAGCUUCUCAAUCAGUAAAUGCAAUGGGUGCUUUCACUAGCUUUUUAAUCAGCUUAUGCUAUGGUUUAAUUUCUGCCUCAUUCAUUCCUAAUCUACUGGUUAAAGCCUUAAGCCUUCAACUUGAAAUAUUUUGCUGUUGGAUGAACGUCAGUGGGCACUCCAUUCAUGAUUCAUCCAUGUCGUUUUCACAAAUUAGGUGUCAUGUAUCUUGCCCAUAUCUUUGGAAUUGUUACGUUUAUCAAUGUCUUUAUCAACGUUUCUCACUAAUAACUUCUCCUUCCUCUUUUUUAGUUAUUUAUCUCUUUUCCAUAAGGAGAAAAUCAGAUCGGUUGGAUUCAUUUUUGGGUUUUAACCAUUUAUGCUCAGCCCGAGUUAUAACAAUGAAGUGUUAUUCUGCUUUCUUCCUACAUAAACCGAAAUACGUGCUAAGCAGCAAACUGCCGUUACUGAGUCCCCACUUCUAUAUCAGCAGCUGGUUUUCUCAGGCAAACCCAGCAAGGAGCCACCAUAUCUCGAGCUUAGAAGCUGAAGCCAUCACUGUUGAUGUUAAGGCAGCCAAGGGUUUUCUGGAGUCUGGCUACGUUUAUCUAGAUGUUAGGACAGUGGAAGAGUUCAAGAAAGGACAUGUGCAGACAGAGAAGAUACUCAACAUUCCUUACAUGUUCAACACUCCGGAAGGUAGGGUGAAAAAUCCAAAAUUCUUGAAUGAGGUUUCAGCAGUUUGCAAGGAGGAAGAUCAUCUUGUUGUGGGCUGUCAAAGUGGAGUCAGAUCCCUGUCUGCAACGGCUGAUCUUCUCAAUGCUGGUUUCAAGGAUGCCAGCAACAUGGGAGGAGGUUAUAUUGCUUGGGUGCAGAAUGGGUUUCCCCUAAAGGUCGAAGAAGAGGAAAAGGCUCAACUCUGAUCUCCAUUAUUUGAGUUGACAUGGGCUUCCGGUAUUUGCUUUUGCUUUUGCAAAUAUUAUUUUCAGAUAAGCACUUUUUUUUUUUUUCUGUCCUUUAUAUUUAAAAAAAUGCAUUUUGGCGGACCAUAAAAUGCAUUAUUUGAGUUGA